AUGACUGGACGAAGUAAGUUUUUUUGCGGCUGUUGAAUUAAUGAAAAUCUUUCAGACAAUGCUCCGAAAGGAUACGCGAAGUCGACCUUCGCCAGCGAUCGUAAUUUUAUUUUCAAUUAUAGCUCACACUUUCUUUUUCAAUCAGUUACAAAUUUGAAAACAUUCAAGAAAAUUUCAGGUCGCCGUAGCGAUACUCGCCGUCAACAAGUCGAACGUGGUAAAUUUUCCUCUUGAAGUUGGACUUUAAUACACGAUUUAUUGUCAGCACGUCGCGGUGGACUCCGGCCACAGCAACAGCGACCUCCUGCACCUCUUCCAGAAGCUCAAGCGCCUGUCGUUCGUCUUCAGGCUCCAGUUCCUGCUCCUCGUCGUGAGGCUCUAGCCGAACAACUUCCUGCCGCUCAACCGGCUGUGGCUGCUCCGAUGGGACAUCAAGACCUCUUGGCUGGUUUGUUAUCAGAACGUCUUCCGAUUCCGAUAAUGAGAUGAUGAACACUAGUUAUUUUAUAACAUUUCUAGUUUUAGAUAAUGUAUCUGGCUGAUGAAUUGUUUGUGAGAUCUUAAAACUUAUGAAGGUCCUUAUAAAUUUUUUAAAAAUGUUUUUUUGGAUAUUUUUCGCGUAAUCUGUGAAGCCAAACUCAAAAUUGUAACUGAUAGUUUUCCACUGAUUAAGUCUACUUUGUUUCCUUCCAAAAUACGAAUAUCUAUUUUCAGGCGCCUCUAAUCUUGGACGUGGCGCAUCUCUUUCUGUUCGAGGAGGCCGCGGUGCUCCAAGACAUGAGCCGGCCAGCUUCAUCGACAGUAAGUCGUUAUUUGGAUCACAAUUUAUUUUCAGAAGCUUUAGAUGACAGACAAAAAUUCUUUGUUUUGAGUUGCUUAUAAACUUGAAGAUUUUUUACAAGCAGAAUGAGAAUAAUUUCAGGUUCAGCUGGUAGAGGCGGACGUGGAGGCGGUCCUGCUCGAGCCGGUCUCCGUCGAAGCGAUCGAGUUGCGGCUCGACAUGUCGCUUUUUACGAUCUCGACGGUACUAUCAAAAUAUAUCAUUAGUUACAAAAACUGUCGUUUUUUUCAAACCUUAAAUUUUUGGCAAAUAUUUAGAUGGGGAUAGAUUUAGGUUCAACCUCUCAGAAUUGGGAAGGCUCAAAAAAAUUCGAUAAUUUUAACUAAUCAAGAUUGAAUAGGAAGUUAUAUCGGUAUUAAAAAAAGAGGACUGCAACAUUAGAAAUGAGAAUAAAGAUUUUUCUUGAGAAAUGCUUUGGAAACGAUUUUUUUCCAAAUCGCUUCAUUCUGCGAAACAAUAUUUCUGAGUUUUUCUUUCCAAAUGUUGAAUUUUACUCAACUUUUAAAUUUCAGCUGACGAGGGAGAGGAGCUUUUGGAUCUCGACGAGAUUGUAGCCGCGUUCCGACCAGCGAAUCCUGCUGACGAUCCUACCGUCGGCAGGCAGGCGACUGCUGAGAACAUUUCCAGUAAGUUUCUCAAAAUUUCAUCAUUUCAAGUUAUGAUAUCUCCCAAAAAAACUCGCUUCAAACAAAACGAGGUGCAAAUCGAAAAUCUCAGAUUUCGGUAUAAGUUACAAUUUACUUCAUCAUUUGAUGAGAAAACAGCCAUGCAUUUUUUGAAAAUCCUAAAUACCGAAAUAUUUUUUUAUGACACAAAAGUUUCAGCCGUUUCCCAGUCGCAAAGCCAGGACAGCGUCUCUUCCUCUGAGCCGGUCACUAAACGACAGAAAAUUGAAGGACCGAAUGGUGAGUUUUUAGGAGUUAUAUUCAAAAAAAGAGUUCAGGAAAGAUUUUUCUCUUCUUUCGAACAAAAUUAUUUUUUUGAAAUGUUGCAACUUUUCAUAAUUCAUUUCAACACUGAAACUUUCAGCUACCGCAGAAGUUGCUGAUCCACAGCAACCAAGUGAAGGUUUCAAGCAACCUGAGGUUCCUGUUCGUCGACAGAGAAACUAUCACGCAGUUUUGGCACCCAACCAACCAGGUAAGAUUUCCAAAAAUUAUAAAAAAAAGUCUUGAAGUGAAAAAAGUAAACUAAAAAUGCAUCUGAUUUAUUUUUAGUGCCACAAGGUCCUCCGCCGCACAUCUACUUUUACGGCUUCCGGUACACUUUGGAUUGGAGCGCACCGCCUGUCCAGGGAGUUGACACCACAGGAACCACCACGGAGCAGUUGCCGAGUUCGCGUGAGUUGGAUGGUUUUUUUUUAACUCGACAAAUGGAAAAUAUUAACAAGAAACUGAGCUUUGCCAACAAUUGAAGAUUUUCGUAUUACUUUAAAGUUUUAAAAUACUUUCAAAGAUUUGUUUACAGUUUCAACACUGCUAGAGAAUUUCUGAGAGCCAUCGAAUUGUUUUUGAACUUUUGAAAUUAUUAGUUUUUUUCUGGGAAUCUUAAAACAUUAUUGGAAAGUUUUCAGACGCCAACAGCACCGUCGAUGAUAGCUUUGCUUCCUCACCUGCCGUGGCCUCGCAGGACCACGGCAGGCUCAGCCAGGCUUCUCUGGCCACUGUGCCGUGGUCUAGUCGUGAGUUUCUUUUUUAUUGUAAUUCAUUUUUGAAUUGAGCACUAGGGUGUGAGAGUAUUGAGUAUGAACCAGGUUUUCAGAAUCUCUUCUAGAAUGUCAAAAACUUUUCAAACUUCUGAGAUAUCUUUCCAACUUAUGAAGAUUCAGAGACUGAUGCAAAUUCGACGAGGAUUGAGAGCCCGGCUGCGUCGUCUUCAACUCUUGGGCUGAUGACCGGUGUCUCUCCGAACAUGUCGACAGUUCCUUCAAACAUGCCAGCAGUUCCUCCGACGAUGCCGCGGGCUCUGGACUUGAAUACAUCCGAACUGCGCUCGCCUCAUUUCGAUUGUCAGUUUUGCUAGCAACUUUUUUUGUUUUUCCUUCAAGGCGAAAUUCUUCUCAAAAACAUUUUUCUGAAUUGGGAAUACCAAUCUUAAUUUCAGAUUCACACAUCAGCAUUAUCGAUGUCGCCAUGGCCAGGAACGUGUCGGAUGAACGCGAAAGAACCGCGUCUUCUGGUUAGUUUCACUCCGAUCGUUUUUUUCUUCAACUUCAGCUCUUCUGAGAUAUUUCCAGACUGAUAAGAAAAAAUAAACAUCGGAAUUUAGAACGAGAUGUCAGCGUGAGUUUCACCGUCAAUGCCGUCGACCUGGAACUCGACAACUCGGUCGGAUCAGUUGCCGACGGCGUUCGGGCCGCCGGCAGGCCCAGCCAGUUGUCUUCGACCCACGCGAUUGGUUAGUUACUCAAAAAUUCUAACAUUCAAAACCGAUAGAUAUUAAGGAAAUUUUUUCCCUCAAAGUUUUCCCUAGUUUGACUUGAAUUGCUACGGUUUGGAUAUAUACUUCUACUGAUUUCCGUCUUCCUGAUUUUUCAGAAAAGAUUUCAUUCUAUAUUCAGUCUAGCAAUUUUUUGACUUGAAUGAAAAAAAUAUUGAGCAAACUUAACUUUCAGCGUCCGUCGACCCGACGACUGAAACCACGAUUCCGGCAUUCAUUGCGAACCAUCCGCAUAUUGGUUUGUCUUUUUUUCAUUUUGAGGCUGAUAAUUGAAGAUGAGACCGUUUCUCGGAUUGUAGUUCUGAAUUCGAUAUUUCAUUGCUUCUUGAAGGAAAUUAUCUUCAUUCAAUUGAGGACUAUUUUUUUCAGAGCCAACUCCGGAUCCCAAUGCGCCGAAGCCGAUGCCGACAUUCGAAGUUUUUUUCCGAACAGGAGCCAAGGGAUUUUACGAUUCUCCAUAA